GGGAAAUUCUGCUUCUUCAGUUCACAUAGAACUACGUCAAUCACAUCUGGUUCUGAUAGUGCCCCUGGAAGUCUCCUCAUACUUGGCAUCUUUCUAGCUACAUUAUCGGGGUUAAUGACUCUGCACGUUACACUUUGAUACCUUGGACCCAUAUUUAUUGAAAUGCUUCACUUAUUUCUAACAAGACUGCUCAGUACCCUACAUUGAUUUUAGAAGGGUGCAGUAUACGGAAGAGCGAGUCUCAGUUUGUAGGUCAACAGCAGUAACAGUACAUCGUAGCUUUAAGUAGUCUUACAAUUUCUAGCUAUAGACUGCUUCCCAUAGGGUAGAGCAUGGCUCCUGCAACUAGGUCUCAUCCAGGGGGUGAGGAUGGAAUGGAAGGGCCGAAGGAGGAUAUGGAAUGUGAGAAGGAAAAAGUAAGCCCCCAAAAGAAAAACGUCCAGGACAAGAAAACGGAUGCCCAAGAAAAAGAAGUGAAACUAAUUGCUCCUUACAAAAGGAGUGAUAAAAUCAAGGAAGCUCUCUUGAGCAGAAUCAAAGUUCUGGAUGAUUAUUUUGAUCUUCUGGGCAAAGUAGGUGAAGGAACAUUCAGCACUGUCCAUUUAGCUGCUCUGAAAAGAGAUCCAUCUAGAAUGUUUGCUGUGAAGCAUCUUGUUCCAACUUGUCAUCCAACAAGGAUCAUCCGAGAGCUUCAAUGUCUGCAGACAAUAGGUGGUCAAGAUAAUGUGAUUGGUGUAAAUGUAUGCCUCCGGUCUGAAGACUGUGUAGUUUUCGUGAUGCCUUAUCUCCCUCAUCAAAAAUUCUCUAGUUACGUGUUCAAAAUGGACCCUGCGGAAGUUCAGUUAUAUAUGAAGCACCUGCUGAUAGCUUUGAAGAGGGUGCAUUCUUUUGGCAUCAUCCAUCGAGAUGUCAAACCCAGUAACUUUUUAUACAAUAGAGAUACCAAACAGUUUUUACUGAUCGAUUUUGGCUUAGCGCAACCUGUGGAUGAACUUGCGCCAAAAAACAAUGUGAAAACUGAUAAGAAGAGGAAACGUUGUGAUUUGAAUGAGAAUGCUGAAAACGCGCAGAAGAAAAAAGAAGAGCUGGGUGAACUGCAAGCUGCCAAGCGACCUGUGCUUAGACCUCUGUACCCUAACAUGCCGGUCCUGAGGCCUAUGGUACGCAAGAAAGUCAAAGAUCCGGCUGUGAGCCCUCCAAAAACUACUGAUAAAGAAAAGAUCCAAUUAUCCACGCGGUUUAGUGCUUCAUUGAGUUUAUCUGCCAAGCAGCCCGAACGAACAGAAGCCCAGGUCCCGCGGACAUCCAUCUCAAGUGAAGUUCAGCCUCCGGAGAGCGUGAACAAGUCAGAACCGAGCUGUUCAACCCAGAGGUUUCAAAAGUUGGUGCCGAACCCUCAGUCCACGUGCAAUAAUGUUAGUAAUUUCGUCGUUCAAGAUUCGCAGGUUCUAGAUAAACCGGGAACAAGUCGGACAAGAAAUCAAACAACGGGAGGUGUUUUUCCUCAGCCAGAACGGCGAGCUCCUACUAGCAGAAGAAUCCGCCCAUGCACUUGUGCCGGCAAGUCUCAGAUCUGCAAUGGGUGUAUGACUCGGAGAGCGCCCAAUGCAGCCCGCGCUGGCACACCUGGGUUUAGACCACCUGAGGUAUUGCUCAAAUACCCACACCAAACGACAGCUGUAGAUAUUUGGUCUGCUGGUGUAAUUUUAAUUAGUAUACUCAGUGGCUGCUCGCCAUUUUUCCGCGCUCUGGAUGACAUAACUGCUCUUGCUGAAAUUAUAACUGUUUUUGGAACUGAUAACGUCAAAACUGCUGCUGCCAAAUUAGGAAUAACUGUUCUCUGCAAUGAGAAUCGCAAGCCGUACAACCUGAAAUCAAUGUGUGAGAAAUUACGAGAGAGGAAGUUCGAGCACUCAAGGCUGGCAGAUGAUUCGUGGAAGCAGUUCCCCGUUUGUCUUGGUUGCAACAACCACCGACAUCCAGAAUUUGGUUGCUCGUGCGCAAGAGGAGAACUGCUUGGAAUCAAAUUCCCAGAUGAAGCCUAUGAUCUCUUGAAGAAACUAUUAGAAAUCAACCCUAAGGAAAGAAUUACCGCAGCUGAUGCUUUGAAUCAUCCCUUUUUCAGUAUGGAACUGUAAGCGCACAUUUUUUCUCUCCAUUUUCUUCUUUAUUGUGGAUAACUAAAUUGUUUUCUUUUAUUACCAUGUUUAAGUGAAUCCUAAGAGCUUACUGCCGAAUAGUCUUUAUUUCUUACGUUUAAAAGAAGUAGCUCAUUAUUGUGCACUGAGCAUUUUUUUUUUUUAGGUACAUACUUCUUAAAAUUAAGAAAUCUUGUGAGUUUAAAACUUGUUAUUUUGUUAAAUCAAAUUUUCAAAUUUAUUUCUUUAAAAUUUAAAUCAAUUUUUAACUAUCUUAGUUUCCUUGUUAGUUGUCAAAGUAUUAGAGUAGGCAAUAUUUUGUUUAUACUUAUUAGCAUUUCAGGUUAAGUUUCUUUUUUCAUUUUCCUGGAAGAGGGAUGCUUUUUUUCAAUGCGUACUUAUUUUAGAAGUGAUUUUUCUUUUUUCUCAGAAAUUUUUAUCUUAGGUUCAGGGAUAACUUUAAAAGUAGCAAACUUUUAUUUCGAAUGAAACAUGUUUUUUUCACCAUCCCUUUUUCCCAGAAAAAUCGACAAAUUCUGUUUUUCUUCUUUUUCUGAUUAUUCUUCUCUCUUAGUUCCAAUUCUUCAUGUUCUAACUUGCACUAUGAAGCUGCACCCAGACGGUCUGGUAUUAUUUUAAAGAUGUAGAAAAUUUGUUUCCGAUUUGAAUUUACAACUAAAUUCAAGUCAGAAUCUGUUAUCGUUGAUAAUUUAGAAAAUUUAGUAAUUUUGUCCCUUGACCUUCAAAAUUUGUCCAAAAUUAAGACAGUUUAAAUAAUUAAUGAUUAACAAUAUAAUUAGUGGAUGUUAGUCUCGUCGAUUUUAUUACUUUUCUAAUAAAAAUGUUAAAUUUAUCUCAAGCUCUUUCGGUAGUUGAGUUUUUGCAGGUAAUUGGGUAGCUAUUAAUUACUUAAGUUUUGCAUGAUGAUCGUAGUUUCAAUUUAAACACUGAUUAUUUAAAUAAUCCAAUGUUGAUAAUCCUUCUCUGAUGAGUAUGGAGCUUAUUUAGGAAAGCUCUGGAAAAUUUAUAAAUUUAAGGGAUUUUUUCAUAGAAAAAACAAAUGAACAAGAAAAAAAGUUUGUUAUAUGUCUAAUAUAUUUAUGUACAAUUUGCAUUUUAACUUUAUAACUUUUGAUUCAUAUAGGUAUUUACCCUGAAGGAGCUAUUCAGGCAUGGUCUAAAUCUAGACUUUUGACUUGUUUUAUUGGUUUAAUUUUUAUAGCGUGUAUCAAGAAAGUUUCUAAGUAUGUCAAUCGCACCAUGUUCUCUGUAAAAUUAUUACUUUUACUUAAUAUUUUAAGUUCCUCACCAAAUGUUUUAUGGUGAAAGGAGAUCAUCUCGAGGGUUUUGACAUUGGUCAAAUGGGGAUUUAAUGUAUCCCAUUUGCAGGUUUAGACAUUCUUGAAAAAUGUUGCACAUGUCAAAAGAAUCAUUUGCCUGGAAUUUUGAAUUGGAAGAUUUGACUGCUUAGCAUAAAAUUAGAUGUUGAAUAACAUCCUUGAAUUCUCAGCUCUGAAAAUCUAGUGUUAAUUAAUCUUGUUUCACUUUUUUAAAUUUUUGUAGGGACUGGAAACUAGUGGUUUCCCCAUCCUAGUGAUUUUUGCUCGCAUAAUUUGCCUACCAUCAUAGAAUCGUCAUUGAAUCGUGUUUUGAUGUUUUCGGACUUUAGUUCAGUAGUUACAAACAAGACCUGUCCAAACACUCAAUUUUCCUGUUCAACAUUAAUGGAGAUAUUGCCCUUCAAAAAACUUUGUAUAUAUCAUCCACCGCAAUUUUUUCCACUGUGGUUUCAUCUGUGUUUUUAGUCAAGCAUUCAAUGUAAAUGUUUGCAUCCUCAAUCGAUGUAGCCGAUGUUGAAGUAACCAUAGUAUGUGCUGCCGCUGUCGAUGGCCUCAUACAAGUGUUUUUCAAAGGGUGAUAUCUUCAUUAAUGAUGGACGCAAAAACUAGGCGUUAAGAUAGAUCUUAUUACUCUCUGCCACAAUGUGCUUCAACCGUCAAAAUGCGAUUUUAUGACUAGGGCAACUGACUGCAUAUAGUCAAGAGCCAAAGUGAUUGAUGGAUGAGAGGUGAUGCUCUUCUUAUAUAGUCUUUGUUGGUGUGAUUGGACGCAAAUAGAACUUGUAGAGAUCCAGUUUCCAUUUCAAUGUAAAUCUUCCUCUAUUUACUUGACGAUACCAAAAUAUUUUCGACUGAGUCAAGCUCUACAAGCCACUAUAGUUUGAAGCUGACCUGUCCGUCAGUCCAAUCAAAGUUUUAGGAUAGGCUCUUAAGUUACAUAUCAUGAAUUUUUUAAGAUCAUUAAAAAUGAGACUAUAAAAAACUACAUUAUAUUUAGGUUUUUCAUUUAUUCUAAAUUCUCUCUAAAGUACUACAUUUUGCUCAUUUGUUUUUAAGUAAUGGAAUGGUAGGAAUUUGUUUUACUUUUCUUGUUCCUUGGUUCUAAAGACUCAGCUCAUUCUGUCUAAGUUACUAAUCCAAAGUAGACGUGAUCAUUAUUUCUUAUGUGUAUAAUUAGGGGUUUAAAAUUGCCUAGCAUUGGGGAAGGAGUGAUAGGCGUUUCCUACGAAGUGAGGUAUCACACUUGAAUCAGAUGCUUAUUGAGAAACAAUUAUUUCAUCAAAAGUAGGUUGAAAUUUUAACUCCGGUUUUUCAACUCAGUGACCUUCUUACUUUUUCUCAUUCUCUUCUUGCCAAGUUUAAAAAGUUCGUCUUCGUGUGAAUUCACAGUGAGCAGUUCAUAAUUAAAGAAAUGAAAUACAUCUUAUGAGGAUACUGGUUUCAAUAAAUUUUUCUGCAAAACAUAGGUUUUAAUCUGCUUCUGAAAAAUCUGAUUUGAAAUCAGACGGUUAGAGAAAAAUCCAUGGCAACUUAAAACAUUGUAUCUGGAAGUGUAAAAUAAAAAAAUUGAUUCUACUCUCGAAUAUUUAUAGCUUGGAUUUCAAGGUUUUUGUGAAAGAUUUUCCAAAGUAAAUAUAUUAAAUAUUCUUCCAAUCAUAAGAUGCUUGGUUUUUGCUGAAAACUGAAGGCAAGAAAUGCUCAAGUUUAUGUUUUUUGUGUGAUUUACCUGAACAUGAUUAUUUCAACUUGCCGGAUCAAAAAUUGUCUCUUCAACUUCACGACUGAUUGAUCCACACUGUCAAUCUGAUUGACAUGCUGCCACUUUUCUUUUACAAACUUUUUUUUAAGGUGCGUUCAAUCAUUGUAUAUCUUGUAGUUUACCUUACCUCCUUCUCCUCUGCUUCGCUAAACUAGGUACUUCUGACAUUGCUCAAUGAUCUCAAUGUACAAAAAAACUGAAUUUAUGGAAUAAUUAUCAUUAUCAUUAUUAGCAAGUUACUGAGUGUCAAAAAUUUAAUGUAUGUUGCUGCCAUUAGCUGUAAAUCUCUCAAAAUGUGUCCCCUUGUUUUCUACUGUGGUUUCUAAUAAAUGUGCUGUUCCUAUGAUUA